GGGCGGUGGGCAGCGAAGGCUCGCCCGGGGGCGGCCGGAGGCUCUUCAGCCCCGCGGCGGAGUUCCGUGAGUUCUCCCGGCGGCAGCUCCGUGACAUGGAGAGACUCUUCCGACAGUGAGUGUGGAGGGGAGCCCCCCCGCGGGACCCCCAGGACAGACCCCGGGGAGGGAGCACCGGGCAGAGGGUCCCCGUUGCCCCGAUCGCAUCCCCCGUGCUUUGGAAGCCUGCAGCCCCUGGUGGGGGGGGCGGGGGAGGGCGGUUCUGGAAGCCCCCAGCCCCUUUGGAGGACCCCCCCAGCCCUCGGCUGAUGGUGGGAGGGGUCCUUUGGACUCCUCUGCAGGGGAGAUCUCUGGGGUUCCCCCACUUCCUUGCAGGGGGCUCCCCUCAUCUUCCCAUCCUUGGGACGCCCCCUUGGCUCCCUGUGGAAGGAAUCCAUGGGAUCCCCCCUUGGCUCGCCACAAUGCCCCCCAGCUCUGCACAGGAGCUGAACCUCAGGACCCCCUCUUGGCUCCUUGCAGCCAUCCUCCCACCCUACAAACUCUUUCAGAAGGGUACCCCUGGAUGCAACCCCCCCACAACCUUGCAGAGGGGACGCCAGGACCCACAGAGAAGGCUGGAUAAGGGACACGGGACCCCCCCCCCAGCCCCAGGACCCCCACCCUGGCCAUGCACACGGCUUUGGGCUGCGGCAGUGGUGUUGUCACAUCCUCGGUGCCAUCCCCACGUGUCCCCACGUGUGAUGUUGCAAGCUUGGGUAUGAUGCAGGGAAGGAUGGCUUCAUUGACCUGAUGGAGCUGAAGCUGAUGAUGGAGAAGCUGGGAGCGCCGCAGACCCACCUGGGCCUGAAGAACAUGAUCAAGGAGGUGGACGAGGACCUGGACAGCAAGCUGAGCUUCCGUGAGUUCCUGCUGAUUUUCCGCAAGGCAGCAGCAGGUGAGCUGCAGGAGGACAGCGGGCUGCACGCGCUGGCACGGCUCUCUGAGAUUGACGUCUCAACGGAGGGCGUGAAGGGAGCCAAGAGCUUCUUCGAGGCCAAGGCACAGGCGGUCACCGAGGGCAGCCGCUUCGAGGAGGAGAUCCGCGCGGAGCAAGAGGAGAAGAGGCGGCAGGCAGAGGAGAUGAAGCAGCGCAAGGCGGCCUUCAAGGAGCUGCAGUCAGCAUUUGCUCAGUGACCGUGGCACAUGGAAGGAGCCACGCCACGCCAUCGCCCGUCCCCUGCGUGUCAUCGUGCCCACGACUCGUGCCAGGCCGGUGGCAGCUGUCACUGUGCUCGGUGCCACGGAGCAGGCAGGCGCCCAUCCCAACGCACCCCAACGUGUUGGGUUGGAGGUGGCCUUGGCUCCCCUUGGGCUGUUGGCUUAUUUUGGUGAAAGACGUCCAGAAAGGCCACCGAGGGGAGAGAAGCUUUAUUUUUUGUGUGUCUGUCCUCUAAGCACCCAGAGGGGCUGCGUCUCACGCGCUGUCCCUCCAGGAGUGGUUGUGCCGAUGACUGUGAUGUCCCAUGAAGGUGUUGUCCCAACAGCUGCUUCCAUUCUGUUGUAUGGAUGUGUUGUUCGCUGUGUUGUUUUUUUUUUUUUCUUUUUAAAUCCCAAAUAAAUAUUAUAUUUCCUAA